GUGGUUGGUUGCUAAAACCUGCUGAGCCCAGACAGGAACCCUGCCCUGGCUGGGCUGCGGCGCGGGAGCAGAGCUGUACGGAGGCUGCACUCCCAGGAACUCGCUCUCCCGGCGCGGUAGGAGACCGCGCCAGACGCGCGGGGUCGGCGGCUGGGCCGCGCAGAGGGGCGGGGCUCACCAAGGCUCCACCCAGCAGCCUCUGUUCGCACGCCGGGUGCUGAUCCGCGCCGAGGCCGACGCGCCACCACGCAGCGCGCCGCGGGCCGGGGCGGAGAGGCGCAGGGCGCCGAGUACCCUCCGGCGAGGGCGAGGGCGAGGGCGAGGGCGAGGGCCGCUGCUGGCCCGCUAUGCCUCCUAACGCUGUGGUUCAGGCCGGCGCCAGCGCGCCCGCGGCCUCGGAGGAGCAGCUGGGUUCCGGGGGUGCCACGCUGUGAGGCCCGGGCCUAGAGCCCGCCGCGGCCGCUGAGGAGCGGCCCAGGAACCGCGCUCGCCAGCGCUCGCGCCCCCGUCUUCCUCCGCGCUCGGCCCCGCCUCGGGUCGCUGCCCUCGGCUGCCAGCCGCCAUGGCCUCCGCCGCCAGGGAGAGCGCGGGAUCGGUGCGCCGGCGACUGCCGUGUCACCGGGCGCUGCGCGGGCUGCUGCUGCUCUGCCUGUGGCUGCCGAGCGGCCGCGCGACCGGGCCGCCCGUGGCGCCGCUGUCCGAGCUGCACGCGCAGCUGUCGGGCGUGGAGCAGCUGCUGGAGGAGUUCCGCCGGCAGCUGCAGCAGGAGCGGCCGCAGGAGCUGGAGCUGGAGCUGCGCGCGGGCGGCGGCCCCCAGGAGGACUGCCCGGGCCCGGGCGGCGGCGGCGGCUACAGCGCCUUGCCGGACGCCAUCAUCCGCACCAAGGACUCCCUGGCGGCGGGCGCCAGUUUCCUGCGGGCGCCGGCGGCCGUGCGGGGCUGGCGGCAGUGCGUGGCGGCCUGCUGCUCCGAGCCGCGCUGCUCAGUGGCUGUGGUGGAGCUGCCCCGGCGGCCCGCGCCCCCGGCCGCCGCGCUCGGCUGCUACCUCUUCAACUGCACGGCGCACGGCCGCAGCGUCUGCAAGUUCGCGCUGCACCGCGGCUACAGCAGCUACAGCCUCAGCCGCGCCCCGGACGGCGCCGCCCCGGCCACCGCGCGCGCCUCGCCCCGGCAGGAAAAGGAUGCACCUCCACUUAGCAAAGCUGGGCAGGAUGUGGUUCUGCAUCUUCCCACAGACGGGGUGGUUCUAGACGGCCGUGAGAGCACAGAUGACCACGCCAUCAUCCAGUAUGAGUGGGCGCUGCUGCAGGGGAACCCGUCAGUGGACAUGAAGGUGCUUCAAUCAGGAACCCUGAAGCUGUCCCACCUACAGGAGGGAACCUACACCUUCCAGCUGACCGUGACGGACACUGCCGGGCAGAAAAGCUCUGACAACGUGUCAGUAACGGUGCUUCCCACAGCCUACUCUAUGGGAGGAUGUUUGCACACUUGCUCACGCUACCACUUCUUCUGUGAUGAUGGCUGCUGCAUUGACAUCACGCUUGCCUGUGAUGGAGUGCGGCAGUGUCCCGACGGGUCCGAUGAAGACUUCUGCCAGAAUCUGGGCCUGGACCGCAAGAUGGUAACCCACACGGCUGCUAGUCCUGCCCAGCCAAGAACCACAGGGCUGAGUGAAGACGCAGGGGACGAAUCCUUGGUGGAAAAGUCUCAGAAAGCCACUACCCCAAACAAGACACCUGCAUUAUCAAACACGGAGAAGAGGAAUCAUUCCACCUUUUGGGGACCAGAGAGUCAAGUCAUUCCUGUGAUGCCGGACAUAAGUUCCUCAGGGAAGAACAGAAAAGAGGAAAAUUAUAUUUUUGAGUCAAAGGCCAAGGGAAGAGGAGGGGAACACCCAGCUCCAGAAACAGGUGCAGUGCUACCCCUGGCACUGGGUUUGGCCAUCACUGCUCUGCUGCUUCUCAUGGUUGCGUGCCGACUACGACUGGUGAAACAGAAACUUAAAAAAGCUCGUCCCAUUACAUCUGAGGAAUCGGACUACCUCAUAAAUGGGAUGUAUCUAUAGUAAUGUAAUUUAAAGAGCUUGGGGCAAGGACAUGUUUUGUUUAUAAUCUAUACAUCUAUUAAGUUCUAGAUAUUUACAGACUCUUGUUUUUAAUUGGGCCAGAAAAUUCUGCAAAUCCCAAAUCUUUGUCUUUAUUAUUUAUUGUAAAAAAAAUAUUCCUUAGAAAGUCAUAAAAUAUCUUGAAAUUUAGAGAGGAAUUCAUGAUUAAAGAUUUCUAAAAAUAUAAUUCUGAUUUAUGUAAGCAUUCCCCAAAAACAGAAAUUUGUACUUAGCUGAGACAGAAAAUUCAGCAUCUCAGGAGUUGAUUUUAGGAUGACUGUGUUAAUCCUUUACUUUUUAGAAGCCAACCGUUGGCCCCUUCCAAUGCUGGACCACUUUAGGCACAGCUCCCCCUUGUUCUGUGGCCCUUUCCUUCCUCCGUUAAGCUCCAAUAUUCUUCUUUUCCCCCUCUAAACCCAUUUCUGAGAGUGGAUCUCAAGCAAGUUCAUGCCUUCAAUCAGAUGUUACUUAUAGCGGAUAAACCUAAAUUUAUAAACCUUAUGUACAGGUCAGUGAGCCUCGGGGAAGAUGAGUGUGGAUCCUUCCCAGUGCCUCUGAUGUCAUGUCUCAUAGAUGGCUGCCUCCUUAGACUGACCUUUGGGAGAAAAAAAUACCCAGACUUUGAAUUAGAAACAGCUCUAAGAUGGUGAUGCAGUGAGAUAGGAAAUCAAGAUGGAAGCAGAGAAUCUGGUAUGCCAAAAACAAACAGAAACUUAGUUGAGGGCAAAGAGAGCAAGGAGAACGUUUAAUACUUCAUACAUCAAGUCAACAUGGCUCCAUGGUUGAAAGCACAGCAGCUCAUUUAUAUAUAUAGCCUUUGUUGAUGAAAGAGAAAAAUGCAAAUUGAAAAAAGGACAUUGAGUGGAUUUCUGGAUACAGCUUUUGUAAAUAUGUCAUCAUGUCUUUCAUCCAAUGGAAUGAGCCAAUUUUUUUUUUUUUUUUUUGAGACGGAGUCUUGUAGUAGCCAGGCCAGAGUGCAGUAGUGUGAUCUUGGCUCACCGCAACCUCCGCCUUCCAGGUUCAAGCGAUUCUCUUGCCUCAGUCUCCCGUGCAGUUUAAUUUGUAGGCUUUUAAAGGCAAAUCAUUCCCACCAUCACUUAAGGCCAGGAUUAUACAAAUUCUAGAAAUAAUUCUGAGAGGAAUGUAUAGCAUGGUGCCUAUCUACAGUCACAUGAUGUUCCUAUUUACAUGAUUUUUUUUUACCAUAAGUGGCAAAUAUUUUAAAAUAUUUGAAAAACACCCCAGAGUCUAGUACAGUUUAUUUUUAGACUGAACAUAAAGUAGGUUGUUCUUUUAGCAAAGGGCUUAAUUUGGGUGGGGACUAUAACAUAUAUCAAAAUACAUGAACAAAUGGAAAAUUAGUUCUAGAAAAACAAGGAAAUUGGGUAUCAUUUUUGUUUCUUGAGAAGCUAAUUUUGUUGAAUGUUUAGAAUUGGGCAAAGAUUUAAAUUUUUGAAGGGCAGUUUAGAAAAAUGAGCUUUGUGAAUGAACUUAAGAUGUCUGUACUCUGUAUGUGAUGCUGUACAGUUUGUUUUUAUAUGGAAAGAUGUCACCUAUAGCCAUAACCAAUAAAAUAAAAAUUGAUGAGGCAUGCAGCUUUCAGCAUAUCUGUUAUACAUGAAGAAAUUAAUUUCGUGUUGCUAUGGUGUUGAAAUAUCUGAGAAAAAAAUGUCCUGUAUCUUUGUAAACAUGAUUCCUUUAAUAAAUUGUAUUUUAUUAUUA